UACUGACCAAAUAGACAAGCGUCGACUAUUCAAAUUUGUGUAACGCGCGAAAUGCGAUUUUCGCGACGCAAUCAUAUAAUGUUUCGAUGAUUUCCGUUGCGUGUGCAAAGGGCCUUAUAGUUCGUUGUCAGUGCGAAUGAGUCACAAACAACAAUAUGGAAAGAUGAAGUGUUGUGUAUAUAGGCGAUGUUUAUCUUGUUUCACAGUCAUUCUCCACGACUGAACGUAACUGGUUGUUUGUGGCUAGCAAAAUAAUUAAUAUUUUUUACCUUUUAAAAUUACUUUUAUGUUUGUUAUUAACAGAGAACAGGUUGUUAGGAUAUAACAAGACUUUAUUCAAAGUAAAAUAUGUUGUGGCUGAUAGGAGCCGUCGUGAUAUUGUUUGUGUUAUGGAAAUACUACGACGAAGACAAUCCUAUAGACAGUCUCCCCGGUCCGAAGAGAUGGCCGAUUGUUGGGUGUGCUUUUGGAUUACUAGGGAUACCUUACGAUGAACUCUUCAAUAGGAUGCUGAGUUUUCCUAAGAUGUACGGAUACAGAUAUGUUUUGAAGAUAUUCAAUCGGCGCAUUCUGCAUGUUUACAAUGUCGAAGACAUUGAGAUAAUUUUGGCACACUCAAGAAACAUAACAAAGAACAGACCCUACGACUUUCUGGAGCCAUGGCUCGGAGCUGGUCUUCUAAUCAGUACAGGUAGUAAAUGGCAUCGACGUAGAAAAAUUUUAACACCGACUUUCCAUUUUAAUAUUUUAAGGAACUUUAGUAAGGUUUUUGAAGAAAAAAGUCGCAAUUUGGUUCGCAAAUUGAAGAAUUUGCCGGAUAAAAAUGUGGAUGUACUUUCUGUUAUCGGAGAUUUUACACUCAACACGAUUUGCGAAACAGCAAUGGGAACUCAACUCGAUUGCGAUAAAUCAACAUCGGCUAUUAAAUAUAAAGAUACAAUAAAAAACAUAGGAAUACAAGUGAUAAAGAGAUUAACGAAAGUUUGGUUGCAUCCUGAUAUCAUAUUCUAUCAAACAACAUUAGGCAAAGAAUUCAAUCGUGACCUUGUUAUAGCACAUUCUUUUGCAGAUAAUGUUAUAGAUGAUAGAAAAAUGAAGAGAACAGAUCAAGAAGAUGGUGCAUUAUUAGAGAAUUUUGAUGAUAAAACUAAAGAAAGUUCUAAAAGAAGAUUGGCGUUGUUAGAUUUGCUUAUUGAAGCGGAAAAUAAUGGAGAAAUUGAUGUUGAAGGCAUAAGAGAAGAAGUUAAUACAUUCAUGUUUGAGGGUCAUGACACCACCGCUAUGGCACUGUCUUUCGGUCUGAUGCUGUUGGCGGAUCAUGAGGAUGUUCAGGAUAGAAUUUACGAAGAAUGCAAAUUAAUAUUCGGGGAUUCAGAUCGCACUCCGAGCUGGACCGAUCUGACCGAGAUGAAAUAUCUGGAGGCGACAAUAAAAGAGAUUCUGCGGCUCUACCCCAGCGUGCCCUUCAUAGGACGACAGAUCACUGAAGAUUUUAUGCUAGAUGAUGUGCUGGUGAAGAAAGAUGUGGAGGUGCUGGUCCAUAUCUACGAUCUGCACCGACGCGCCGACAUCUAUCCAGACCCCGAGGUAUUCCAGCCGCAGCGUUUCCUCAACGGUGAAGUUCGCCAUCCAUACGCCUUUAUACCGUUCAGUGCUGGACCCAGGAAUUGCAUAGGUCAGAAGUUUGCGAUGCAAGAGAUGAAAUGUGCGCUUAGCGAGAUCUGCCGUCACUUUAAGCUGCGGGCGGCGGAGCGCGGCGCUCGACCAAGACUCAAGGCAGAUAUUGUGCUG